AUGGCAAACGUCGCAUUGGUCGGUGCCACUGGCAUGGUCGGCUCCCACAUCCUUAACAGCCUCAUCGCCAAUCCCUCCGUAACCCGCGUGGACACCAUCUCCCGCCGCACACCUCCCGUCGCCAGCGGCACACCACCCGCCAAGCUGACCAACUUCGUCGCAACCGACACAACAACCUGGUCCAGCCAGCUGAGCUCCCUCACCCCCACGCCCAGCAUCUUCAUCUCCGCCUUCGGCACGACCAAAGCAGCCGCCGGCAGCUUCGAAAACCAAUACAAGAUCGAGCAUGGGCUGAACGUCGAGCUGGCCAAGGCUGCGCGCGAUGCCGGCUCGAAGGUCUACGUGCUUAUUUCGUCGAGUGGCGCGAAUAAGGAUUCCAAUAUCGCGUAUACGCGGAUGAAGGGCGAGAUCGAGGAGGAUAUUAAGGCGCUUGGGUUUGAGAGGAUGGUUAUUCUCAGGCCUGGGUUGAUUGCUGGAACGAGGGAGGAGAGUAGGCCGCUCGAGGCGGGGAUUCGGUUCAUUGCUUCGUGGGCUGGGAAGGUGCACUCUGGGUUGAAGGAUGGGUGGGCGCAGGAGGCUAGUGUUAUUGGGAAUGCGGCUGUUGUUGCUGGUUUGAAGGCCUUGGAGGGAGAUGUUCCUGCUGGUGGUGAGAAGGUUUGGACUUUGUUUGGGAGUGAUAUUAUGAAGUAUGGCAAGGAGGGCUCUUCUUAG